AUAGAUUAUUAUAGAUGUUUGGAGCCAAAAAGGAAAACAAAGUUAGGAGGGAGGAUUUUGCAUUAACUAUUUCAAAUUAUUGUAUAGUUCUAUUAAAUAAUAACAGUAUAUCAAAUAGUGAUGCUUUUUACAUUUUACCCCGUGAGGAAUUUUACUGUGUUUAUCUUGGGCUGCUAUUACGAUAAUUGUCCUGCCUGAAGGAUCAAGUUUUACCCAUUUAAGGAAUUUUAUAUAGAGUUUUGCUCGCAUAUAUGAUACACAGGAUAAUAAUUCAGUAAAAAUGGAAAAUAGACAGCUAAAAUUCUCUCAGGUCUAAAAACCACUAAUAGUUGUUCAUGUAAUAUAAUCUUAAAAAGAGGAGGACGUGGAACUUUUUAAUGACCAAAUUGACAAGCAAUGUCUGUGUUUUGGUGUACCUCAUCUUAAAUAACCAUAUGCCCCCCAAAUUACACUGAGUAAUUACUUUAGGGGUUUUAUCGACCUUUUACUCUGGACUAGUUGCCACUGCCACUUUCCCGCGUCAUGCUCCUCCCUCAGUCUAGAAGGCCUGAAUUUCAGAUUUCUACUUUCUUCCUCUUUGCCAGAGAAAAGUCUAAACACAGUGUCACAUACUUUUUGAUGGUAUUGAUCUUGAUUUUUCUAGACACUCGCACCCCCCACAUCUAAGUACUGGCUGGUUUGCAGAAGUCCCUUCCUCCGUCCUUCCUGCAUUUCCAGGAUUGGUUCCACGGGACUAAACAAACUCUUAAUCUUCACUGGACAGCCAGCUGGCUACACCAAAGGUGAUCCUUACACAAAACAACAAGAGGAUGGUAUCACUGAAUGACUGCUUUGAGCAUAUUAAUUUCCAGAUAAAACUCAGUGAGGGUGGAGUUGAAGAAGUGGAGAAGCCGUAACGCACUGGCUAUUGUUAAUGGGCAUAACAAAAAUUCUGAGUGGAAUGGAGCUCAAGUAGGUCCUCUGAGUAGAGGACAGAAACGUUAGUAUUUAUUACUACUGUUGUAGUGCUUUAGAUUUUAUUUGUUAUUUGUUUGUUUUAACAGUAUUUACUCUGCACUAGUUUGAACAUGAAUCAAAGCAGCGAUGGAUGUGUGAAAAAGAUUAGCAGUGUGAAUCUUGACAAACUUAUAAAUGACUUCUCACAGAUAGAAAAGAAAUUGGUAGAAACUUCGGGAAGGAACAACGUACUGAAUAUGCAGUUGGAAAAAGCUAACUGUUUAUUAAAAGGAAUGCAAACAAAUGAGGCCUCACUUAAAGAAGAAUGUGCUACUCUUCAUAAUAUGGUAAAAGGGCUACAACAGACCAUUGAAUAUCAGCAUAAUUUGAAAGGUAAAAAUGAACAACUGAAAAGAAAUGCUGAUCUUAUGAAAGAAAAGUUAAAAUCUCAUGAACAGGAAUAUAAGAAUAGCAUUGCCAAACUUAUAAGUGAAAUGAAAAUCAAAGAGGAAGGACAUAAGACAGAAUUAAGGAAACUUUACCAGGAUAUGCAGAAAAAAGUCGAAUUAAAUGAAGAAAAGAAUAAAGAACUGGUAGAGAAAAUGGAGAUGGAAAUUUCAGAGUUAAAUGCAAAGUUAAAAAUUCAAGAGAAGGAAAAACAAACUGAAAUAAUCAAACUACAGCUAGAGUUUGAUGCCAAACUAGCAAGAGUUCAAACUAAACCAAAAUCAUAUCCAGAUUCUACUGUUUUGCCACAAAGUAUCUACAGAAGGAAGCUUCAACAUCUUCAAGAAGAAAAGAACAAGGAGAUUGCAACUCUUCGUAACACCAUUCGAGAACUGGAGCAGCGCCUCUCUGUUGGCAAGGAUCCUCACCUUAAACGUAGACGGUUUUAAGGACAGCAGUAAAUUCAUUUGUUGCUAUUUAACUCCUUUAAAAGCAGUUGAAAACUUUACUUCUAUUGUUAAUAUGAUAAACUGCCUAAAUAAUAACAAUGUAAGAGACAGCUUUAGACAUUUUAAAUUGAGUUUAUUGAAAUAAAUCCACACUAUGGCCAACUAUAUACUGCAUUCUUACUUAAUAGUAUUAACCAUAACGGAGUUCAGGUUCAUAGGACUUAGUUUACCUAGUGAACCAUCAUUGACUAUGGAAAUACUUGCUAAGCAAUCAAGAGAUAGACAACAUUCUUUUCUCUUUCCCCUUAUAUCUUUCAAGACAGGCAUUCUCAAAUCUUAAAGAGUUUGAUACAAUGCAAGGUAAAGAAAACAAUAGAUAAAGCCUUCUUUCAUAGGUGAUAAUAAAAUUUAAGAUUUGAGUCUUAGAUAUAAAAAAGUAUAAAUGGAUAUUUAAAAUGUAGUCAGUAGCAAGGUACUCAUAUGUUAAGUAGCAAGAAUUCACUUCUUCCUUUAAAGGUAUAAUCAGUUAAAACUGUAAGAUUGAAAAGACAAAGGUAACAUUGUUUUGAGAAUUAAGAAAAAAUGGAAAGCAUGUCUUUGUUGUUCUUCCUCCAUUCUAAAUUGCUAACUAUCCAACAGAAACCCCUAGGUCAUAGUUUAUGUUCCUGUUCUCAUUAAUGCAAGUAGAAUGCUGGAAAAAGAAAAAGAAAGACAGACUAACCAAGCACUGCAAUCACCUUUCAGUUGCCCUCUAAUGAAAAAAAA